CUCUCAGCUAAAAAAAUGGAAAGUUCCAAAUCACUCCAAAUUAUCCAUCUCCUAGGAUACACCGGGAGUAGGUGUAACGAGAUAGGUUUUUUAGAUUCAAAUUCGAAUGACACUCAAAAAAAGAACAUUUUGUAUCCAAAAUGUUACAAAACUAUGGUGCUAUAACUCAAGCUCUUAUGGGAACACUUUUUACAUGGGGACUAACAGCCGCAGGAGCUAGUAUGGUUGUAAUAUUCAAUGGGACGCAGCGUAAACUCCUUGAUACAAGUCUUGGCUUUGCUGGAGGAGUGAUGACAGCUGCAUCAUAUUGGUCACUUCUAGCACCUGCAAUAGAAAUGGCUGAAGAUUCUAAACUUUAUGGACAAAAUGGGGAAUAUGCUUUUGUUCCUGUUGCUUUGGGAUUUCUAAUUGGAGCGCUUUUUGUUUAUGGAACUGAUUUCUUCAUCUCAUUCCUUGGUGUGCAUUCACCAAAUCAAGUUUUAGCAUUAUCAUCUGGUAAUAUGUCUCAUAAGGAAAAGAGAGAGAGCAAUGCUAUGUUUUAUGAUACAAAUUUUAUUCAAACCACAGAAACAACAAUUGAAGGGUUUGGGGAAGGGCUAGUAACUUCAAAUCCUCUGUCAAGAAGAAGAACAGUGACGAAAUCUACGCGUCAAGAACGUCACGAUCCAGUAAAUGAUCACGAAAUUACUACAGAUCAUCAUAAGAGCAGUCAGUGGAAGAGGAUAAUUUUAUUAAUUGUUGCCAUUACUGUACAUAAUAUACCAGAGGGUCUUGCAGUAGGUGUUGGAUUCGGUGCUAUUGGAAAUUCUCCAGCAGCUACAUUUGAAAAUGCAAGGAACCUUGCGAUAGGCAUAGGGAUUCAGAACUUCCCUGAAGGUCUUGCAGUCAGCCUACCUCUUCAGGCAGCGGGCGUCUCUACACUACGCAGCUUUUUUUACGGCCAGCUGAGCGGCAUGGUGGAGCCAGUGUUCGGUGUCCUGGGCGCAGCUGCGGUCACCCUGGCACAGCCUGUACUUCCCUACGCACUGUCCUUCGCAGCCGGUGCCAUGAUCUACGUAGUAGUGGAUGACAUCAUACCAGAAGCCAACACCUGUGGUAACGGGAAAUAUGCAACCUGGGGAGCCAUCUGGGGGUUCGUCGUUAUGAUGAUCUUGGACGUUGGACUCGGCUAGGAUCUUCCCACUUGUCCGCUUGUCGCCAGCUAUCCCUCCGCCAUAGAACUUCUCAGUAAAGUAAUUCGUCAUUUUGGUGCAAGGGUUUAUCGUGCAUUCUGGUUUAUUUGUCAUAAUGACGAAUCAGAAAGUAUCUUUCUUAGAAACACACAAGGUCAUUACAUUAUUGUAUUGAUAGCCAUAUUAGUUUCUUGUUAACCUUUCAGAUAAGAUAUCAGUUACUUGCAAAAUAUGCUCCAUAAAUGUAAUAUGAAUAACUAAUUAGUCAGUUAAAUCCCAGUUUUGUGUUAUUUUAUAGGAGACGAUUUUAAUAAGGGAUGUUCAAUAGAAAGUUUUCGGAGGGAAAUUAUCGGAGGUAUAUUUGGCCAAAGUGAACAGUGUUACUGUUCACAUCGUUUUACAACAUUAUAUUUUAUGUUUUCGAAAUAAUCACGGUCAGUGAGAUAAGAAAAAACGACCAAUACGAUUGGAAAAUAUGUGACCUUUACUAUAUUUUAAUUUUUUAAACCAUGGGAACAGUUUUCAAAGAUUUUCUUUAAAGUUUUCUAAAUAACUUGAGUCUACUUAAUUCUCAAAUGUUGUUUUAGACCGAUCAAGGGAAGGGCUAAUUCGUCGCAGCUGAAGUGUCGGUAGGGGCUAAUGUUUUAUUUGCUUCUUAUCCAAACAGCUGUGGAGCCCUUGUCUUAUAUCUAGCGGGGAACAUAGUUUAUAACUCCGAGGUUAAACCGAUCGGAGUUCGCUCUUUUCAUAGCGAAACGUCGCAGUCGAGUAUUUUCAUUUCUGCUUCGUAUCUGUAGGCCCCGAGUAGAUUACAGGCCGGCUGUUGUGAUUGAUUUUUUGUGGUUUUCCUCAGUCAUAGGGACAAAUUAAUGUACUUUAAAACAACUGACUAUCGUUUCCAUCAUCAUCAUUCAGAUUUAAUCAUACAACAGGCUUCCAUUAAGAAGUUUAGGAAUCAGCGGGGUUUUGUCUCACAUGUCAUACGUUAUUGAAUAGUAAUUUAACACAUUUUUUAUCAUUUAGGUUGUCUGUUGAACGUCAAUGUAUAGUUUUGUGCUCUUCUGGUGUCGUUGUAAAUAUAAUGCUGGUCUGACGUGAGAAAGUUAAUUUUGUGGCUUAUUUUCACCUUCUGUUAAGAACAUGUUUGUGUCAUGGUCGUAACCGUGUAUCACCAAAUUGUGUCCAUUUAGAGGGUUAAGAUAACACGUCGACUUAAACAUUUGAAUGCUAAGUAGACUUCAUUUGCGUGUACACACUCUUUAAGAAAUUAGUAAAAACUAGAAAUAAAGACCUUUAUACAUA